UACAUGACGCCAUCUUAACCACUGUCAUCGCGAAGGACGCUUUGAAUGAAAAAGAGAGUUGGAGGAGGUGACAACUCGUGAGGUAUAUCGACCACCGAGGCCUUGGAAAAAGGUAGGCUUGGUACUUGUUGGCCAUCAUUCAAUAAGACGCUGUUUUUGUUUACACGAAUAUUGGAACGCAAAUGAAAUAACUACAGAUUCAUCUCAGGUAUUUUUCUUUCGAGAUUUUAGUCAUCGACCCUUGGCGUAACAAUCUGUUGGCAAAAUUGGAGUGGUGCCAGCACCUGAAGAUUCAAGAUGGCACCAGGAGCAGAAGCUAUCAUGAAAGGAUUUUCAUUGAAUUGGAUGAACCUUCGCGAUGCAGACACAGGUAAAGUUCUUUGGCAAGGAAAUGAAGAUCUGUCUAUACCAGAGAAGGAGCAUGAAGCAAGGGUACCGAAGAAAGUGCUGAAAUGUCGUGCUGUAUCACGCGAGAUCAACUUCUCAUCCAAAGAACAAAUGCAAAAGUUUAGACUUGAACAGAAAGUUUUAUUUAAAGGCAAAUGCCUAGAAGAAUGGUAUUUUGAUUUUGGAUUUGUGAUACCAUCAUCAACAAAUACAUGGCAGUCACUGAUUGAAGCAGCUCCUGAGUCACAGAUGAUGCCUGCUAGUGUUUUAAGUGGCAAUGUUGUGAUAGAAACCAAGUUCUUUGAUGACAACUUGUUGGUCAGUAUGUCAAAGGUCAGGAUAUACUACGUAUGAAAGGUGCAGUCCACCAAACUACCAUUUAUUGUUUUAGAAAAUUUACGAUAAGGGAUACAAAUUAGUUUUUAUUUGGUAGAAUCAGUUAUUAAGAAUCAAAAUACAAUCAAUUAGCUAAUAUAAACAAAGCACUUGUUAUGGUGGUAAUCAUGCCUGGUAAAAAAAGAAGUUUUUUUACUAUCAAUUUUUAUAAAACUUAACAUUGUUUAAAGGAACCUACAAUGUUUCAAGGAGACUUGAGUACAUUUGAGUCCUAACGCCAAUGAAUUAAAUUUUUGCAAAUUUAAAGCUUAACUCAAAUUCCUUUUCACAUGCAAAGCUGUAAAGUUCUAGUAAUAAAAUACUGAAGUUUUUGGUGCAGCAUUUUCUUCACUUGAGCGAAUGCUUUGAAUUUAUGCAUGUCAUAUAAAGUUUUCAAUAUGUACUCCAAAGCUGUGACUUGUUUAUCCAGUCAGUCCUGGUGACAUAGCAGUCAUUUUCUUGCAAAAAGAUUUACGAAUGGGCAUUUCUGUUUCAUCCAUACACAAUUGCACUCUAUUAAUUAUAAUAUAUUGCUAUGGAUUAUUAUGUGUAUGUACAUGCUUAUACUAAACCACAGCCUAGUUGUUCGUGGUUGUGAUACUGUAGUUCGUAGGUAUCCAAACACACAUUUUCAAAACAGUAUAUUUUCUUUCAUACAACUGGUUGAUAUGUAAUUAGUGUGUAAUGCUGUAUAAAAUCAUUGAUUGUAGCACAAGACUUAUACUAAUUUUACUAGUUUGCACCACCAGCAAUGGUAAUUUGUCAUAAAUCUAAGUACUACAUGCUCUAAUAUAAAGUGAAUUUGUCCCAAAUUUAGGGACUAAGAAUAGUAAAUUAAUUAAAUCAAAAAUAUUAAACAAAACAAAUAUUUGUCUAGUCAUAAAACAAUGAAAUCUCUUUAUAGGACAACAAAGGUAGGAAAAUAAAUUUAAAUCUCUCCCAGAAAAUGACACCAUCCCUCUCCAGUGACACCAGCUAUAAUUCUAUAGUAGGAAGAAUUACCUAUUUUGUAGAACCAAGGAGGUCAUGGGGAUUCUAGGACGCAGUUUGACCAAAUCGACGUUGUGCAAAAAACAUAGGAUGGUCACGCAUGAGUGAACCCGUUCUAGAGUCGCGUCAUUGCGCAUAUGGAAUGCUCCCUAUUUUCAAUCUCAUUGAGAAAACAUGGUGUAAAAUUUCAGUUGUUUUAUUUGUAUCAUGUAAAUUAAAUUAGUAUAUUGUGGAAUUAAGUUAUUAACACAAUGCUUUAAAACAGAUUUUCUGAAUAGAUUUCUGGGAUGGUGAUUCAUAGUUUGAAAUAUUUUUUUCAUCAGCCUAGGCAGUCAGUAUAUCGUACUAAUACAGAUAAUCAUAAUUAUUCCUCAUACUUAUCAAUGAACAUAUGUGUCUCAGUUAUUAAGAUUUACCUUGAUUUUUAUGAUUGCAAUAUUGUUUUGAUACAAAUAUAGCAAUUUCAAAUUGUUUUUGUACAUGUUUAUUAUAUUAUUAGUGUUUUUUAUAUCUAUCAUCAGUUGUCUUGUGAGUUGGGAAGCCACCUGCCAAAUUAUGCAUUAAGCCUGGCACUCAUGCUAUCAGAUUUCUAUCUGUCAGACUCAACAGACAUGUCUGAUUUGACAUUGGCCGUAUUCAACAGAUUCAUUUUGUUGAGUAUUAUUUUUAUUAGGCUGGUUCGUAAAAUUGCAAUAUGUCAAAAAAACAUUCUCUAACAAGCUGAAGCAACCUUGAUUACGCUAGCGUGUAUCGCAGUAACUAUGCGCCAUUUUGUUUUGUCGCGUAUUUGCCAGAUUUCUGAAUCUGGUUGUCUUUGUUGUAGGAUUUUACUACUGCGUAGGCAGGCGUGGUUUAACGAAGUACAACUAAUCAAAUACGGCCAUUGAUACAAUCGCGAUUUAAAUUGCCUAUGAAGCGUGAAAACAAAGGGAAAAACAAAUUUCCCGAAUGUGAUUUCCAGGAACACAGGCUAUGUUUACCUGUUUGGAUGUUUGAAAAUGUUUAUAUGGAAAUCCUGUCUUGAUAUGCAAAGAAUCAAUCUUUCACUCCUGAAGUUUCUCCAUGUCUGUUGAAAUUCUGUUGAUGUACAUACAGAUGUCUGAUCAUUUGAGUGUGAGGUCUAACAGAAAAAAACCUGUUCAUAGUCUAAACAUGGCUUUACAUUUUUAAUUUUUCAUUUACAGUACAGUAUAUUGUACAGUAUAUCUGAAACAAUUAUCUUCAUAUAAACUCUAUAUUCGUAUUUCACAAGUAUUUUUUUUUGCUGUUUCUUGUUUUUUUUUUUUUUAAUUAGUAGCUUUUUUUUUUUUUUUUUUUUUUUUUUUUUUUUUUAUUUUUUUUUUUUUUUUUUUUUUUUUUUUUUUUAUAAUCAGUAGAUAUAUAAGUGUGUUCAUUAGUGAAUUCUUUAAUCUGAUUGUUAUUCUUUCUUCACGCCUGUACUGUCACCUUAAGUAAAUGUUCUCUAUUUUGUAUUAAGUUCUUGUUUGUAUCUGUAAUGAGGAUACUUUGUAAUUAAAAGGACAUACUAUGUGUGAAUAUGUGAUUAA